AUGGGGUGCAUGUUCUCUCACCUGGCUGCCAAAUUUGCCUUCUUUCCUCCAUCUCCACCGACCUACAAGAUCCAGAAGCGCGACCACGACGGCAAGCUCACCGUCGUCGCCUCCGCCUCCACAACGACGUCGUUGCCUGUUCCUCACGCCGAUGACCGUUCCUUGGACGUCUUGCUCAUUGACACAAAACGCGGCAACAAGAUCGUUGCUUUUUAUCUCAGAAACCCUUAUGCUCGCCUCACUCUGCUUUACUCUCAUGGCAAUGCUGCUGACCUUGGUCAACUCUAUGACCUCUUUCUCCAGCUCAAGCUCACUCUCAGAGUCAAUCUCAUUGGAUAUGACUAUUCUGGAUAUGGAGCCUCAACUGGCAAGCCUAGUGAAGAGAAUACAUAUGCUGACAUAGAGGCAGUAUAUGAGUGCCUUGAGACUGAGUAUGGAGUUAGCCAGGAAGAUUUAAUCUUGUAUGGGCAGUCAGUUGGAAGUGGACCGACACUGCAUUUGGCGGCUAAGUUGCCAAGGCUGAGGGGUGUAGUUCUGCACAGCGCAAUUCUUUCUGGUCUUCGUGUGCUGUGCCAUGUGAAAUUCACAUUCUGCUUUGACAUUUACAAGAACAUCAAUAAAAUUAAGAAGGUGAAGUGCCCUGUGCUAGUAAUACAUGGUACAGAAGAUGAUAUUGUGAAUUGGUUACAUGGCGAUGCGCUGUGGAAAAUGGCAAGGGAUGCGUAUGAGCCUUUGUGGAUUAAAGGAGGUGGACACUGCAACCUGGAGCUUUACCCUGAUUACAUCCGCCAUCUUUGCAGGUUUAUCCAAGAAAUGGAGAACAUAACCACAGAAAUCCGUUUAAGAAAGAUUUGGCAAAAUAUGCGUACACUGAAGAGAUCAAGUGCCAGUUGUGCAAAGUGCUGUAGAAUUAAACUCUGCUUACCCAGGUGCCCUGAAUGUAGAAGACCAAAGUGUGUAAAAUGUUGUUCAUGGCAGCUAAAAUGCCCUGCAUGCUGGAGGCCUGGCUGCGUAAAAUGUUCCUGGCAACCAAAAUGCCUAAAAGGUGCAGAACCAAGCUGCUGCAUUAGAUGUUUUCACUGGCGGUGCUGCAUAGGAACACACAGCGGAUUAAACGGGAAGCAGGAUGGCUGA